AUGGUCACCCAUAACUGGGGAAAUUGCUUUAAAGAUUUGCUGGCGGCCAUCGCCGCGGAUGCACUGAAGGAAUGCAGUUUUAGCUUGGCGAGAAACCUGCUGGAGGAAGACCCUGCUUUCCUCUGCGAAAUCCUGGCCAAAAGCAGCUGCCUCGAGUACACCUAUUGGAUCUGUGCAUUUGCUGUGAACCAGCAUGUGAGCAUAUGCCACAGCAACCCUUAUGACCGUGAUCCUCUCACCCAGGAGCUACAUCCAGUGUGUCAUUGCAGUUGCGUGAAUAUCAUUGAUCCGGACGGCCGAAGCUCUGCGUCGGAGAUCAACAAGUUUGACGACAUGAUGUGUCACCUGGUCAGAACGGGAGGCUGCAGACAAGUCAUUGCAGCCGACCAAGAUCUUGACUUGUUUCAUCGUGCAUGGUGUGUCGCCGAAAUUGCAGAAGCCAAGCGUCUGCAAAUGGAUCAGUCAUUGAAGCUAGUUUCGAAAAGGACCAUUUUGCAACACUCAUGCACUUUGGAGAACUUAGAUGUUCGGAGCAUGCAUGCAUCUUCCAGUACGGACAAAGAGCUCAUAUUCAACAAGAUAAAGAACAGCAUGGGCAUCGACCAGUUCAACAAAGACCUGCAAUCGCUGAUUCUUGACCCGAAGUCCGGACUAUUGGCAUCCUGGAAUGCCAUGGACAGUUGGCAGCAAUUUGGAGAAGUUGGCCGGCUAAUUCGGUGGGGACUUGCUGAUGCAGGCACUGGGAAAGUGUGGAGAGCAUGGGAAGCUCAAGAAUGA